UGGCGUUGUUGUUGUGCUAUUUGGCAUUGUAUCUUAUUUGUUUGUAAGCAAAUCAUGGUGGUUUGCGGGAACAUUUUGGCCAGGAACAACUUCGAGCACUUUGUUCUGGCGUGUGCUCACCAAAAUGACUGCUACGUGGAGAUGGAGUUCAAGCGGUGGCGAGAGUUCAUCGUGCACGUCAAGGAGCACCUGGAAGCAAAUCCAAGCAUGCAGCAAGAGCUCACUACUUCCGAAGUCAUUUCGUCAGCCAAAUGCGAGGAGGAGGUCUCGCCAGCCAAGGUGUUCAUAGUGGAGGAGCCUCCGGAAAAUUGCCUGGCUGAAGACAUGUUCGUUGACGUGCCACCUUCAUCAGAGAACGACGAGAGCACCAGCCCGGUGGAGGAGGAGGAGGAAGAAGACGACGAGGUGGACUCCUCCUCGAUGACAGUUGACUGCGAAUUGGGCACCAGAAACUCCACACACUUUGCUCCUUUAACCAAAUUCAAUCCUACGUUUUACCGACGCAGUCCUCGGAUCACACAGUUCAUUGAACUGUAUAAGCAGCAGACAUGCCUCUGGGAUCCAGCGGAUGAGUCGUACAGGGACAAGGAGAAACGCGCAAAUGCCUAUGAGGAGUUGCUGGAGCAAUUAAAGGCGACCGUCAAUCUUCACCUAACGGCCUAUAAGCUGAAGAAGUGCAUCACCAGCCUACACGCGCAGUAUGCGUCGAUCUCGCGGCAGAAGAAAACUCAGAAACUAACCAAGGUUCCACUGUACUACCAUGGAAAGUACAGCUUUCUGGCAGAGCGCGGUAGUCUGGAGGAUGCGGACAGCGAUGAUGUCGACGGCGAUGGCAAAAUAAAGCUGGUGUUCACAGAGGAGAAUCAACUGACCACACAGUUCAUUGAUUUGUACUCCAAGUUUCCCCAACUGUACGAUCCCGCGCACAAGCACUUCUGCAAUCUAAACGUACGAAAGUCAUCGCUCAUAGAGAUCACUGACCUGCUGACUUCGGAGUUUUCGUUGGGCCUGGUCACCCACUACGAUGUCUACGACAGUAUUCAGAGCAUGCGCCAAUGGUAUUCGCGACGGAUCAAAACCCUCACAGACGUCCAAUGUGUGGGUCUCUCGCUGGCCGAGAAGCAGUACAUCGAGCGCUGCAAUAGCUUUAUGCCCACUAAAUCAUUCCGACAGAAGCUUAAAUGUGAAGUCUGCGAGCACUCCUUUAGCACAGAUCACGCCCUGCAAGCACAUCAGUUCCGGGAUCAUAAGAUGGGCGAUGGAGGCUGGUUUCGCUGCACGCUUUGCGAGCUGAACUUCGACCGAAAGUGUCACCUGCAGCAGCACAGCCAGCGUGUGCACAUGGACAAGAGCUUUGUCUGCGAGAUCUGCAGCAGGAGCUUUGCCUUUGGAAAUCAACUGGCUAUCCACAAACGCACCCAUGACGAGAAGCACGUCGCCAAGCCAUUUGUCUGCGAGUUCUGCGGCAAGUGUUUUAAGCAAAAAAUCCAAAUGACAACGCACGUAACUGCGGUUCACACCAAGAUCCGAGCCUUCAAGUGCGACAUGUGCCCCAAGGACUUCCUGACCAAGCGCGACCUCAAGGACCACGUAAAGGCGCACCUGAACAUCCGCGACAAGGUCUGCGAGGUCUGUCAGAAGGCCUUCACCAAUGCCAACGCCUUAGUCAAGCAUCGCCACAUCCACAAGGAGAAGACCCUGCAAUGUUCGCUCUGCACGACGCGCUUCUCGGAGCGAGUUAGUCUUGGCGUCCACAUGCGACGCACCCACAAGAUCCUCAAGAGCUCUCUGUCGUCAAGCGACGCACUCUUUACAAAGACAUUCCCUCAGCCUUGAGACAUUUCCAAACCAUGACAAGUAUUUACAUUUGUUAAUAACCAGAAAAUAUGGCUAUAGUGCCAAAAAACAUGAAUUUUUUAAUGUUCUUAAUGUAUUAUUACUCCUAAAUAUUUUUUAGUAUUGAAACAAGAGAUUUUACAAUAUAUUUGUCCAAGCUUGCAAAAAUG